AUGUGUCUGUUUCAGGUGCGCUGUGGUCAACUGGUGGCGCGACUGCACGUCGAGAAGUUCGUCUGCCCAGGCAUUCACCAGCCGUGCAUCGAACUCGACGGUGAACUGAUAAGCCCGAAGGAGUUCACGGUGCGCGCCAACAAGGACAAGCAGAAGGACUGGAAGGGAAGUAUUCGUAUUGGCAAGUCCAACAUGAGGGCGUUGAUGGAGAUGAAGACGCUGGACUUCUUCAAUCACGAGAACUACUGCAGCGCCAAGUGCCAGUCGCGCAAUUUCAUGUCGUUCAAGAACCAGCUUGCCGAAGCUUAUCUCAAUGCCGAUUAUCUGUACGGUAACUCGUCGGCCGCACUGGACGAUGACAAGAAGAACGUGCACAUGAUGAUGAAGUAG